AGGAGGAGGAGGAGGCCGCGCGCGGGGCCGGGCCGGGUUUCGGGCGCGGCGGAAGCCGACUGAGACAGAAAAUGGAAGCUCCGGCCUCGCUUCCCUUCUGGGAAACCCCGAGCGAGCGGGAACUGGCGGCGCGGCCCGGGCCGGCCCUCCCCGAAAGCGGAACCGGGGGCCGCCACCGGGCUCGGGGACAGGGCAGGCCGGGCCCAAGGCCGGCAGGUACUUCCCUGCGCCCGGCGGAGAGCACGGAGCUCGGCUGGCCGGAAGGACUGGGCCCCGCUCGACCCUGGCCGUCUCCCGUCCGGUGGGCCGCAGCCCCCCUCUCCCCCCGGGACUGCCCGCGCCCCCGUUUCCCCGAGCCGCAGCUACGGCGGGGCUGGAGCCGCGGUUCCGGGCAGGAAGCUCCAGCCCCCUCGCCCUGCCCCGGCCUGGCACCAGCCCUCGCUCCUCCUCCCAGCGUCCGUCGCCUGGAAGCCAGAUGUGGAGCUGGAAACACCCCCGCCCCACGCCGCGGCUGCUCCCGGCCCCACCGGGGCUCCCCACGGCCGGAUCCGGGCCUGGCUGCUGGAACGAGCCCCGGGGGCAGAGGGCAGGCGCCUGCGGGCGGGGAAAGGCGGCGCGGUGCGGGAGGGGGGAGGCGAGCAGGGCCGCCCGCGUCUUCCCGGCCCGGGCCGAUGACGGGGAAACUGAGGCACGGAGGGGCAAAGUGACUCCCCCACGAUCGCGUGGCAAAGUGGCGGAGCCGGGAGGGGAGCCCAGGCGUCCUGCGCCGCCCCCGGAGGAGGCCGCGGGGAGUGCUGCCCGGCGGGGGAGCGCCUGUCCCGCCCCCCCGGCCCGCAGGUGAGAGCUGCCGCAGGUGCCGGGCCCCGCCUCCCCGGGGCGGAUAUAAGCUGGAGCCGGGCGCGGGGCUGGGCCCGGCUGCAGGAUGACCGGGGGUGCGUCCUGGCUGCUGCUCGGCUGCUGCGUGUGGGCCGCGCUGGCCCGAGGGAAGGCGGCGGGGCCCCUCGCGAGCGCCGACCCGCACUCCCAGAGCGCCCCCACCCCGCGGAGCCCCGGCAGCGGCCCCGGCCCCAGCCCCAGCCCCGGCCCGCCUGCCACGGGCAAAGAAGCGGAGACGUCUCCGGCAGCGCCUGAGCUGAGCUCCGCAGCCAGCCCCGCUCCCUCCCGCACAGUCUCGGCCCCGAGCCCCGCAACGACCCUGGGCAACGCUACCGCCGCCUCCGCCACCGGGGAGACCGCGGGGCCCGGCAGCAGCACGAACGGCACCGGCCCGGCGGAACCGUCCGUGUCCCGGAGCCCGGGCCUGGUGGCCGUGAUCUGCCUCUUCGUCUCCGUCCUGGCCAUCACCUCCGCCCUGCUGCUCGCCCGCUUGUGCUGCCCCGCCGAGCCCGCCUUCCAGCGCCUGGACGAGGUGCCCAUGGGGCCCGUGGCCGAGGACUCGCCCUUCGCUCGCUGCCCUCCCAAGUAGUGGGUCCCGUCGGCGGAGCCCGGGGCCGCCCCGCGUCCUGCCGUCGCGGGCCAGGCCCGCUCGCGCCAGUUGCGGUGAAUAAAGAGGCUGGGAGGAUGCUCCUCGUGGCUGCGCGCUGCCUCGGCUCCUGGGGGCCCCUCGUCGCGGCCUGCAGCAAGUAGCUGCCCCGCGGGUCGGUGCGGGCCGGGGCAGCCCGAGCCCGCUCUGAAGGAGCCGGGCGCUGCAGCCGCCUGUGCCCGCGCCGCUCCCUCCGUCUGGUGCCAGGGAACCGGCUCCGCUUCACAGGCGCCCCUGGCAAGGUCACAGGGAGCCGGGGCGGCGCCUGCGCUCCGCGGCCCGGGUCAGGCUGGGGACACGGCCCCCGCAGGACCGGGAGGGCUACUCCCUGCCUCCGGCAUCGCUGGGUAUCGCGCUGCGCCCCCGUCCCAGACCUAGCCAGGUAGGGCCGAAGCCCCCGGCCCAAGCUCCCAUCCCCGGGCGGGGCACAAGCCAGGGCCUGGCUCCCGGGCGGGAGGUCCGAGCUGGGGGCCGGCCAUGGGAGAGAAGCGAUGUGUCGGAUGCCCCGGGACUCGCAUCGCAGCCGCGACGGACAGAGGCAGGCGGAGGCUGGGUCCCCCAGGGACGGAGCGAUAGCGGCCGGCGCGGGGGGCAGGAUGCGGCGGAGCCGGACGGCCGUGUCCUUCCUGAGCAUGGAGAGAUCCCGGGACGCCGCCGACCUGGGCUCGUGCGGCGCGGCGCCCCCCGUCAACGCCAUCAAGCGCCGCUUCUCGGGGACCCCGCUGCUGCCGCCCCUGGCCUGCCGCCACGGCGCCCUGGGCGAGGCCGGGCGGGCGCCGGAGCCCGAGGCCGCCAGGGUGGUGUUCACCAUCGAGGAGAGAGGCCCGAGCGGCGGCGAGGAGCUCGGCAUCCUGCGCUUCGACAUCGAGAAUGGCCUGGCAUCCGCACGGAGCCCACUGGACCCCCAGGCCAGCCCCAGCGCAGGACUCGUGCUGCAGGGCCCUUUCCCGCACAGCCAGAGGCGCGAGUCCUUCCUGUACCGCUCUGACAGCGACUAUGACCUCUCCCCCAAGAGCAUGUCCCGCAACCCCUCCAUCGCCAGCGACCUGCAUGGAGAAGACAUGAUCGUCACACCCUUCGCACAGGUCCUGGCCAGCCUGCGCACUGUCAGGAGCAAUGUGGCCGCACUGACACACCUGCAGGACCGCGUCACCAACAAGAGGACGACCAGCAACAGCCCAGCACCCACCUGCAAGCCCAGCCUCUCCGAGGAUGCCUACCAGAAGCUGGCUGUGGAGACGCUGGAGGAGCUGGACUGGUGCUUGGACCAGCUGGAGACCCUGCAGACCCGGCAUUCGGUCGGCGAGAUGGCCUCCAACAAGUUCAAGAGGAUGCUGAAUCGGGAGCUGACGCACCUGUCAGAAACCAGCCGCUCGGGGAACCAGGUCUCCGAGUACAUCUCCAGCACCUUCCUGGACAACCAGCAUGAGGUGGAGAUUCCCUCCCCGCCGCCCAAGGAGGACAAGGAGAAGGCGCAGCGCCCCAUGUCGCAGAUCAGCGGUGUGAAGAAGCUCAUGCACAGCUCCAGCCUCAGCAGCGCCAGCAUCCCGCGCUUCGGCGUCAAGACCGACCAGGAGGGGCCCCUGGCCAAGGAACUCGAAGACGCGAACAAGUGGGGCCUUGACAUGUUCAAAGUGGCCGAGUACUCGGGGAACCGCCCGCUCACGGUCAUCAUGUACACCAUCUUCCAGGAGCGAGACCUGAUGAAGACCUUCCGCAUCCCGCCCGACACCUUCAUCACCUACAUGAUGACCCUGGAGGACCAUUACCACGCCGACGUGGCCUAUCACAACAACAUCCACGCUGCUGACGUGGCCCAGUCCACCCAUGUGCUGCUGUCCACACCGGCGCUGGAGGCGGUGUUCACGGACCUGGAGAUCAUGGCUGCCAUCUUCGCCAGCGCCAUCCACGACGUCGACCACCCAGGCGUCUCCAACCAGUUCCUCAUCAACACCAACUCAGAGCUGGCGCUGAUGUACAACGAUGCCUCUGUCCUGGAGAACCACCACCUGGCCGUGGGCUUCAAGCUGCUGCAGGAGGAGAACUGUGACAUCUUCCAGAACCUCAGCAAGAAGCAGCGGCAGUCGCUGCGCAAGAUGGCCAUCGACAUGGUGCUGGCCACAGACAUGUCCAAGCACAUGAACCUGCUGGCAGAUCUGAAGACCAUGGUGGAGACCAAGAAGGUGACCAGCCUGGGCGUCCUGCUGCUAGACAACUACUCGGACCGCAUCCAGGUGCUGCAGAACAUGGUGCACUGCGCAGACCUGAGCAACCCCACAAAGCCGCUGGAGCUGUACCGGCAGUGGACGGACCGCAUCAUGGUGGAGUUCUUCCACCAGGGCGACCGGGAGCGGGAGAAGGGCAUGGAGAUCAGCCCCAUGUGCGACAAGCACACGGCCUCUGUGGAGAAGUCCCAGGUCGGCUUCAUCGACUACAUUGCACACCCACUAUGGGAGACCUGGGCCGACCUGGUGCACCCCGACGCCCAGGAGAUCCUGGACACGCUGGAGGACAACCGGGAGUGGUACCAGAGCAUGAUCCCCCGCAGCCCCUCGCCCCCGCCCGAGGCACCAGAGCCCAGCCCAGACAAGUUCGAGUUGGAGCUGACGCUGGCGGAGGAUGGCGAGUCGGAGCCCGAGGAGGCUGAGAGCCCGCUGGAGGAGGACACCAGUGGCAGCGACUCCAAGACGCUGCCCAUGGAUGACUCUGAAUCCACAGAAACCGAGCUGCUGUCGGCCAGCUCUGCCGGGCAGGACUCGCCACCCCCGGGGCAUGGCAGCCCCCACCGCAGCGCGCCAGCCCGGCAGGAGCAGGCUUUGAACUUUGACCAUCAGGGGCCUGGGCUGAGGACGCUCUCGCCACCCGAGGGCAGCGCCCCCCCAGAGCCGGGCCGCGGGGGCAGCCAGGGGGACAGGGAGAUGAACCUGGACUCUGAGGGCAACGUCACAUUCCUGCCGCUGGGGACGUAACGCCGCCGGCACAGUGCCCACAGCUCUGCCUGCAGCCACACGGGGACUGGGCCCCACUGGGCCGUUAAUAAAGGGAGAGAGAGUGGGGCCAUCCUCUCCCCACUCUGGAGAGACCCCCGAGGCCUGGGCACUGGAUUGCAUAGCCCCUGCCCUGCUCCUGCCCCACUGAGGCCCAGGGAGUGCCCUGGAGCCUGGCACAAGGUGAGAGCGCAGCUGGCUCCGACGGCUCCUAGCUCAGGGCCCCGGGCCAGGACUGUCCAGCUGCUGGGGGCAGUCAGGGGCCCCGAGGCCUCCCGUGUGCUGCUGGGGCCCUGGGAAGAGCCUUUCACCUGGGAGCCCCCACCCCAUGUCUCUCCCAUUGGCCUCACUCUGUGCAAGCUGGUCCUGGGCACCCUGCACUUAGCCGUGCCCUGGCAGCCCUGGCAGGGUGAUGACCCUGUGUCCUGAGAAGCUGGCCCUGGGGCCCUGCUUUGUGGCUCCCUUUACUUGGCCGGCCAGCCCGAGGUGAAUACCUGGGGGAGGGGGCUCCCCAGGGCUGGGCACAGCGACCUGCCCCAGGGCCUGUGGAUGCCAGCCUGGCCUGGCUGCCUCUGGACCCCUGUUGCAGGGCUGCCCCGGCCUCGCUUGCCCCAGGGCACCUACACCUCUGUCACCCCAGCACUGCCCCCCCCCCCCCACUUCUGAAGGGCUCUGGCUGCGUAGGCCCAGGGAAGCCAGCGCUGCCGGGGCCCUACUGGCGCAGGGAGGGCCACAGCCCUGGUUUGCCCCUGCCCCAGGGUUUGCAGCAGCCACCACUGAGUCCUGUCCGGCCCCAGCUCCCCGCACUGCCCCGUGCAUCACAGUGAUGGGGCAACCAGGCCCAAGCCCACAGGCAGUGGGCUGCUGCUCCCGCGCAGGCUCCUCUUGCUUAUGCCACCGACUGAGCAAGCAGCCCUGCCAGGAUGGUGCCACGGCCAGCCGGGCCCUGGGGACGGCAUGGAGCAGACAAGGGGCCGUGCCCUGGGCCCGGGCCGGGUCGGCGUGACCAGGCGCUGGGCUGCGACCCCGGGGGCCUCUCCUUUGCGUGAGAGGGGAGCGGGGCUGGGGCUCGGGGCGCAGGACAGGAGCCGAGCAGAGCGGGCGGUGGUUUAAUUUAUUGGGGACGGGUUCACUUUUUAAAGCCUUUUGUAGCGCACUUUUCGCGGCCCCCCUCCCGGUGUUGCAGUCGGGCCGGCGCGGCGCGGCGCGGCGGGGGGGGCUCGUCCCUCUCGCAUUAAACCUGGCUCCGUCCUUGGAGUUUUUCACCGCGAA